AUGGCAUCCCACAUCCCAACCCCGACCCCGCACACCCUCAACAUCCUCUGUUUCGGCGACUCCCUCACCGAAGGCUACAGCGAAUAUGGCACAAAGAUGACACCCUACGGCACAGCAACCCUCGCAUAUUUCACCUCUCGACUCGGCCCUCUCACCAAAGUCCACCUAUGCGUCGAGGGCAAAAGCGGCGACCUCGUCACCGCAGGGUUCUCGAGGCGGAUGGAGCGUAUCUGCCGGUCUUCAUCCUCAGCCGGGGGACAUGGAUCCCUCCACGAGAAGGCGACGCAAUGGGACUGGCUGGUCUUCCUCGGCGGCACCAACGACCUCGGCUACGGACGGAGCGUAGAAGCAAUUUGGGAAACCAUUUUCUCGGUCACUUCUAUCCCAAUGGCACGCGGAGCAAAGGUCCUUCUUCUUACCGUCCCGGAAUGCUCGGCGAAGAAUUCUCAGCUGGAUAGGAGGAGGAGGGAACUGAAUGAGAAGAUCCGAGGGGAUGAUAGGGAGGGCGUGUAUAUCCUCGACCUCUACAAGAAGAUGCCUUAUCACAGUCUAGGAGAAGAGGAGAGGGAGAAGAUCUGGGACAAUGGUCUCCAUUUCACGGAAGCAGGGUACGCGAAGAUUGGGGAGAUAGUGGGUCGACGACUGCUUGGUAUCAUAGCAGGCGGCGAGGGGAGAGUCGACAUAGACUGA